GCGGGGAGGGGGGGGGACCAGUGGGGCCUCCACGGUCAGCGAGCUCGUCGAGAAAGCACCCCAGCUGCAGCAUCUCGAGCGUAGACUCUUGCACUUUGGCUAUGGGAAAGAAGGCGAGGGUCACCGUGUCGACGACGAUGUUGAUGAUGACGACGAUGGCUAUCAUCAUGAUCACCGUGUUCUUCGGGCUGCUUCCGUGCGCUCUUGCCUACACCGCUGCCGACUUCAUCAACGCUUACAAAGACCCUGCUGUCGCAAAGAUCGACGUGCCCAACGAUCUUGUCCUGACCGAGUCGCUGCCGCCCAUCUCCAGGCCGCUGUCCAUCACCGGUGUGGGGGCGAAGCGCCCAGUCGUCAGCGGCGGGAAGCGGCUCGAUGGAGGAGCUGCUGUUUUCAGCGCUGGCAAUCAGAACACGGUGAUCAAUCGCUGCGUCUUCCAGGGCAACGUGGGAGGAGCCAUAUCCAUCACAGGCGGCUGGUACGAGUUCACCAUAGCCGGAUCUCUGUCGUUGGCAACCGAGACCCAUCCGGCUCUGGCGGAGCACUCUCGGCGACGCUGGAAGGAGAAGGGAGCAUCACGGACACCGAGUUCCACAACAACUACGCCAAGGAGAGAAGCGGAGCCGUCGAUGUGCGUGUGGGACCGAAGACAAUCCAACGGUGCAAGUUCGUGGGCAAUCGAGUCGACGGCCCUGGCGGCGGCUGGUUGUCCUGCUCCAGGGCCUCGUGCAUCAUCUCCAGCUCCCAGUUCCUCAACAACGUGGCCAAAGGAAGGGGAGGAGGGCUGCGCAUCUUCUCAGAUGGUGAGGGCAUCACCAGCGUGUGCACCGGCAACAGCUUCUCAAGAAACAGGGCCCUCGCCGAUAGUAGGUCCGCUGACGUGUACGUAGAGCUGGUGGACCUCUCCAAUACCGUUGUGCACUUUUGCGACCCCACGCCUCCCCCUUCCACUCUACUCAACGCUCCCAAUGGA